AUGCAACCCAUGAGGAUGCUCUCUCGAUGGAACUUGAAGCUCUCAACCUGCCCCACUACCCUCUCAACCUGCCCCACUACCCCUCUCAACCUGCCCCACUACCCCCUCUCCAACCUGCCCCACUACCCCUCUCAACCUGCCCCACUACCCCCUCCAACCUGCCCCACUACCCCUCUCAACCUGCCCCACUACCCUCUCAACCUGCCCCACUACUCAACCCUCUCAACCUGCCCCACCCCUCUCAACCCCUUCAACCUGCCCCAACCCCUCUCCAACCUGCCCACUACCCCUCUCAACCUGCCCCCACCCCUCUCAACCUGCCCCACUACCCCUCUCAACCUGCCCUUACUACCCCUCUCCAACCUGCUCCCACUGCCCCCUCCCACUACCCCUCCUUUCAACCUGCCCCACUACCCCUCUCAACCUACCCCUCCAACCUGCCCCACUACCCCUCUCAACCUGCCCACUAACCUGCCCCACUACCCCUCUCAACCUGCCCCACUACCCCUCAACCUGCCCCACUACCCUCUCAACCUGCCCCCUACCCCUCUCAACCUGCCCCACUACCCCUCUCACCUGCCCCACUACCCUCUCAACCCCACUACCCCUCCAACCUGCCCCACUACCCCUCUCACCCUGCCCCACUACCCCUCUCAACCUGCCCCACUAGCCCUCUCAACCUGCCCACUAUCCUCUUACCAGAGGCUGCUGUUCUGUCUUGCCGAUAGAGUGGAAAACCUGCCAGCUCUAUGUUCUUAA